AUGCUGCGAGUGGUGUCCUUCACCAGUGAUCCCAUCCUGGAAGUGGAGAUCUCAAACGAGAUCCUGGAGACUUUGUCCACCGAAACCUUAGCUUCCUUCAUCAAGAGACGGGUGUCUCAGCGACGGAGGGUGUCCAUCUUCCGUCAACGUCUGCUGUGUGGAGAGCACAUCAUCGCGGAUGGCGAGAUGUGGGAGGAACUUGGAAGACCCUGUGAGAUUCAGAUCAUGUUUGCACACUAUGUGAAUGACUACGCUGACGACCUGUUCACCGCGUCGAUGGCCGGCGACGAGGCCACCGCGCGGCAGGUGCUACGACAGCUGCAGGAUCCCAACGUCCUGGAUUCCGAGCAGCAGUCGCCCCUGUGGAAAGCUUCCGCGGCGGGUCAUGCCGGUUUGGUACAGCUGCUGUGCCAGGCAGAUGCGGAUUUAGAGAGCCGUGAUCAACAUAGCAAGACGCCCUUGACGGUCGCUGCGGAGGCGAACCACUUGGAAGUGGCGAGAUGUUUGGUGGAUGCGAGGGCGGACGUUGAUGCCUUAGACGAAGACUUCCUCACACCCCUGCUUUGGGCCACGGAGAGUGGGCAUUUACAGGUGAUGAGGCUGCUGAUUGAAGCCAAAGCUUCCAAGGAUGCCACAAACAAGAGGCAGGAGACACCGCUCUUUAUGGUUGCCACCAAUGGCUAUGCGACAGGUGUUCGGGUGCUGACGGAUGCCGGGGCUGACAUGGAGAAGGCUGAUGAGAGCGGCUACACCCCGCUCCACAGCGCCGCAGAGAAUGGACAUCUAGAAGCGGUUCACGUGCUGAUUGAUGCAGGCGCUUGCAUCAACAGUAGCGCCCAAAGCGGGGCGAGCCCGCUCUACGUGGCUGCCUCGCGUGGGCACCUGAGAUUGGUCAGCCUGCUGGUGGAAUGCCGGGCAGAUAAAGACCAAGCGGCCGAAGGCAUCACGCCACUCUUUGCAGCGGCCUUUGCCGGGCGUUUCGACGUGGCGCGGUUCCUGGUGCAACAGGGAGCGGACAGGAACCAGCGGCCGGGGCGUCAUGUGAACCUCCAGAGUCUCUGGCACGAGGCCUUUCAGUCGAAUUUCGGCCCCAAGAAGAAGGGCCAGGGCAAAGGUGGCAGAGGUGGCAGAGGUGGCAGAGGUCGAGGAAAGCCGUCGCUCUUCUGA